AGCCACAGAGAGGCGUGUAACCAACACUGAAAAGGUAACAGAGCGUUUCGGCAUUCUGGGAUAGAAUCACGUUUUUCACGUUAUUCGACGAAAUAUGGCUUCCUUAUCGGUCGGUAUCGAAUGUUGUCUCUUCACCCUUUUAUUAACCAUCUUUUCUACAGUCUUAGGAGAAUGGAACACAAAAGAUUAUUUGAAAAGAGAACACACGCUUGUUAAACCUUAUUUAGGUCCAAGCAUGAAUAUCCCAUUGUGGGAUAUUACAGGAUCUACUAUGAUAACAAACAACUACAUUAGGUUAACAAGUGACCAUCAGAGCAAACAGGGUGGUAUAUGGAACAGUCAGCCUGUCUUAGUUAGAAAUUGGGAAUUACAUGUACAAUUCAAAGUACACGGAGCCGGUCGAACACUUUAUGGAGAUGGUUUUAGCAUAUGGUACACCAGAGAUCGCAUGGAACUUGGUCCUGUAUUUGGAAACCGUGAUUAUUUCUCUGGGCUAGCAAUUUUUCUUGAUACGUAUAGCAACCAUAAUGGACCACAUAAUCAUGCCCAUCCCUAUAUAUCAGCCAUGGUAAAUAAUGGCUCACUUUCAUAUGACCACGAUGCUGAUGGCACCCAUACAGAACUUUCUGGUUGUGAAGCUCAGUUUAGAAAUAAAGAUCAUGACACCCAUAUUUCUAUACGAUAUAUUGACGGCAUAUUAUUUGUAUAUAUAGAUAUUGAUAACAAAAAUGUUUGGAAAGAAUGCUUUACAGUAAAAGGGGUACAUUUACCAACAGGUUAUUAUGUUGGAGUAUCAGCUGCCACUGGGGAAUUGGCAGAUAAUCAUGAUAUCUUAUCAGUCAAAUUUUAUGAAUUGGAGGCUCCUGAAGUGGAUGCAGAAAAUUUUAAAGAUGUUGUUCCUUCUGCAGAUUUCUCUGCUCAACCUAGAGAUCAUGUAGCUGUCAACCCUUCAUCAUGGAGUGCAUGGAAAAUAAUUACACUAAUUAUAAUUGUCAUUGGUUUUGUGAUUGGUGCUUUUGUACUGAUCUAUGCCUACCAGAAACACCAAGAAGGAAAACGUAAAAGAUUUUAUUAAGAAGAAAUGUAAAUUAAAUAAAAUAAACUUGAAAAAAAAAAAUUAAAUAUGAAAUGUAAAAUUUAUUGGGCAUAAUCAAGUGAUUUGAUAGGAGUCUACAGUGCUAUUGAGAUGGUGAGUGAUAGUAUGAGGUGGGAUUGAGGACUGGUAGCUAAGUCUUGUUAAUUACACAUAACAAAAGUUAUUAAUCUGUUGUCCUCAUUUUCUCAGUCAUCCCCAUCCCCCUUUAUUUUAGAAAUUAGUAUAGCCAGUGAGCUCUGUCUACCACACCUCUUUCUGUUGAUCUCCCAAAGUUCACUGUGUUUGUAGGUCUUAUACUUUUCUAUAUUUUCCUUGUCCAAAAAUGAUUUUGUUGAUAAAUUUCCUUUAGUCAUGCUAGACAGGUGGUUUUUGUAUUGAUGAGGUGUUGAGAGCAUGCCUGGUAAUGAUAGUAUUUAAAUGUGUGUUUGAUUUAUAUGGUGAUUAAAACAUAAAGGAGGCAUAAGAUUCAAUGUAAAUAAAACAAUUUCUUUAGAUUUAUACCUAAAUUGGUCACCAGGAAUAAGUUAUAAAUUUCUUUGAAAAAAAAAGAAACUAUACAAACAGUAACCUCCUAAAAUAAAAUUGUUUCCUUAUGCAGCUGAUAAAGUAUUUUGUCUCCAGUUUUGAAUCAGACUGACACAAAAUAUAUUUUCAAUUUAGGAAUAUUUCCUUUGGUGCAAUUGGCAGUCAUUGAAGCAAAACUGGAUUUAUUCUUUCCUUACCUGUAAUCAUGAAAGAAAUAGAAUUUGUGGCAAAACUGGUUAUAAAUAUCAUAGUAGAUCAAAUAGUGAUAGUGAGAAUAGUUGCUUUGUUUGUAGGCACUUCUACACUGCUGCAACUAGCAUCUGGAUUUUUGGUCUCUCAAGAGAACCAACAUUACAUCUCUUUGUGUUUCCUCAAAUAGAUGUGUAAAAUCUCGCUCUCAAAAUUACAGAGGUUGUAUACUGUACUUAUUUUAAAGUGAGCAACAAAAUGUUUUGUGUUUGUCUUGUGAUCUAAACAAAUGUCUGUUGUAAUUUCUACAGUAUAAACUGCAAUUUGUGCAAUCAAUGCUUAUAAACUUGUCUUCCAGAAUUGGCAUUUGUCUCACUGUUACCUUUGAAUCAAAUGCAUGUGUGAAAAACACACACUAUAAAGAUAAGUUAUUGACCAUCAUGUCUAAUGUGUCUAAUAUAUUUCCCUUCCCAAAAUGGUUUUUCUUUUGAGCUUGGAAAUAUUAAUGAACAUGGUGAGAUGGCAGAACUAGAUGACAUGUUUUAUGCUAUUUAGUUUCCUCCUCCUAUAAUUCUGAAUUUAAUACUGCCAAGGUUGACUUAGAAAUACUGGUCUCCUAUCUAGUUUAAAGAAAUUGAUGUUAUUAACUAAAACUGACAAUUUGAAAAUUAUGACUAUAAGAUAGAUUUCAAAAACAUUUUAAAUACUAAAACUUUCUUUUCAUUACCAAAUUUAUUUGAGUUGUAAUUAUUAAUAAAAACAUACCUAAAAUUCACUACAGCAUUUUACCUUGAAGCAAUAGGAAGGCGAACUUCCUGAGCUUAUACAAACAGUAGAUACUGCUGAAUUAAUUUAUUUUGAAGCAUGGCAAUAUUAAGGAUUUUUGUAGAAUCAUUUUUAACACUAUUCAAUACAUACACACGUCACUAGCCUAGUUGUAUAUAAUUUCUUACUGCUCUUAAUUUUCAAUUUCUAAGUGUUACCAUACUUUGAAUUAAUCUCUACCGUUAGUUACAUCUCUUUAUGGUCUUAGUUCAAAUGACAUUUGUAUCAUUUAUAUACUGAAGUUGAUUAGGUUGGCUGUACCCCUUCCUUCAUGUUAUGGCCAUGUACUAAUGGUAGAAAUUAUUAUUAUUAGUGUUAAAUAUUAAGUGAAAUUUUACAUGGUUUAUGUGUGUGUGUGUCUUAUAAAAUAACUUGUGUCAAAACUGCCAUCAUUCCUAUUUGUUUAUAUAAAAAAAAAUCAAGUCUCCCUUCCCUCCAUUUAAAAAAGAAAUUACAGUGAACUUUGAAAAAUGUAAAUGGUCCUUCUGAAUAUUCAAGAAAUACCUCAACACUGUCAUAUCUUGGGCCUAGUUUCUGAGUGACUAACUUUUGUUUAAUGUGAAUAUUUAAAUCUUAUUUUAUAAGCUUUCUAAAAAAAAAAAAAA